AUGCCUGCCGAUGCUUUAGUCUGUAGUCAAGCGUAUCGUCGAGGUGUUAAGGAGCCAUCAGAUGAAGAGAUUCCUCAGUACGAGUGGGAAGAAUUCGAUAGGUAUUUGUAUAGGAAUUGCUCCAAUUACAAACGUUAUCUUAAAGAUAAGGGUGCGUCGGCGGGUUACCUUGCGGAAGAACGCAAAAAGGAGGUAAAGGAGGAAGCCAAAAAAGUAGCAAUCAUGCUAGCCUUCGACCAGCUAAGCUCGGACGAGCAGGAUAUCUUCUUGACCGGAAAGAUACAAAGGGGGUCUGGCAAUGAAUGUCAAAAGUCUAGAAAUCUGGAUGAUGAUUUCGAAGAGCUAGGAAUCUGA